UUCUUUCCAAGUCUCCAGUUUCUAUUCUUCCUCCCUCUCUGUUCCCUCCCUUCCCCCACUUUGCACCAGGGAAGCUAAACUCUAGUUUAAGCAGUUUGAGAACUAGUAAGAAAGAGGAAGAAGAAUCCAAUCCGCACGUAUUUGCUAACAACCGUGCCAUGCCCUGACCUCUCUCCUCCUGAAAAGAAGCUUUCCUAAAGAGCAGGAGCCCUGUGAAUGGAGUGGACCAUCCAGAGUAUCCACACUUACUCUGCAGCUCACCACCCUGGGUUAGCUCUCCAGGGGACUAGCAGGCUGGAUUUCCUGAAGAUUUGGAUCUUGCUUCAGGGAGCAAACUCAAAGGGACCUUAAACUGUGAAGCUUGGAAUCCGCAGCUGAAGCAUACUCUGACGUUACAACAUAAGAACCGUGGCCACAAUAAGAAGGAAACAUUGUGAAGGGGACUGCGGUGCCAGAAAGAGGCACAAAGCAGACAUUCCUGGAGAAGAUGGAUGGAGCCGAAAAUCUGACAGUAUCUUCUGUCAGAAAUAACACAUGCCAUAACACGAUUGAUGAGUUCCGCAAUCAAGUGUACUCCACUAUGUACUCUAUGAUCUCUGUUGUGGGUUUCUUUGGCAAUGCCUUUGUCCUCUAUGUCCUCAUAAAAACAUAUCAUGAGAAAUCAGCCUUCCAAGUAUACAUGAUUAAUCUAGCCAUAGCAGAUUUACUCUGUGUAUGCACACUGCCUCUCCGUGUGGUCUAUUAUGUUCACAAAGGCAAGUGGCUCUUUGGUGACUUUUUGUGCCGCCUCACCACCUAUGCCUUGUAUGUUAACCUCUAUUGUAGCAUCUUCUUUAUGACAGCCAUGAGCUUUUUCCGGUGUGUUGCAAUUGUUUUUCCAGUCCAGAACAUUAAUUUGGUUACACAGAAAAAAGCCAGGUUCGUGUGCAUUGGAAUUUGGAUUUUUGUGAUUUUAACUAGUUCUCCAUUUUUAAUGUACAAAUCUUAUCAGGAUGAGAAAAACAAUACUAAAUGCUUUGAACCUCCGCAGGACAAUCAAGCUAAAAAAUAUGUUUUGGUCUUGCAUUAUGUGUCACUAUUCUUUGGUUUUGCCAUCCCUUUUGUCAUCAUAAUUGUCUGUUACACAAUGAUCAUUCUGACCUUACUAAAAAAUUCAAUGAAGAAAAACCUGCCAAGUCGUAGAAAGGCUAUAGGAAUGAUCAUAGUUGUGACAGCUGCCUUUUUAAUCAGCUUCAUGCCAUAUCAUAUUCAACGAACUAUCCACCUUCACUUUUUACACAGUGAAACUAGACCCUGUGAUUCUGUCCUUAGGAUGCAGAAGUCAGUGGUCAUAACCUUAUCUCUAGCUGCAUCAAACUGUUGUUUUGACCCUCUGCUAUAUUUCUUUUCAGGUGGAAACUUUAGGAGAAGGUUGUCUACAUUUAGAAAGCAUUCUUUAUCCAGUAUGACUUACAUACCCAAGAAGAAAGCUUCCCUGCCAGAAAAAGGAGAGGAAGUGUGUAGAGAAUAAUUCAAACAUGUCUCCAG